GUGAUGAUGAUCCUUCCAGUGAGAGGCAGACCCUAAACUGUCUUCAGUCGCUGUUGUGGCUGGGAGGCAGCACAGUCAGUCAGUCAGUCAGUCUUUGGUGGAACCGCUAUCAGCCUGAGGUGGAGCAGGACUCUUUUAAACCGAUCGACCGACUGAAAGAAACUCCCACGAGUGUCUCUGGACACACUCCAGGUCCGACAUCUUUAAUCCUGCAGGUGCUGAGAGGAAGUUCCAGAAGUGCCAGCUGUGGAAAGACUCGGUGCUGAAUGUCGACAGGAUGUUCAAUGAGCUGACCUUUUCUUUGUGAAUGGAUUAGAGGCAAGUUGUGACCAUGCGCUGCCUGGCCGCUCGGGUGAACUACAAGACCCUUAUCGUCAUCUGCGCCCUCUUCACACUCAUCACUGUUCUGUUAUGGAACCGCUGCUCCAGCGACACCACCCUGCGCUUCCUGCCCCGUGCCGCCUUUGUGGCUCCGAGUCCUAAGGUGGGCGAUGCCAGCAUCAGCAGCCAGCAGCACCCUCCACAACCUCCAGAGCCCCCGCCCGUUGUCGGGGGUGUCGGCGGGAUCAAGUAUGAAGAAAUUGACUGCCUGAUCAAUGAUGAAUCCACUAUCAAAGGCCGGAGAGAGGGCGGAGACGUCUACCUGCCAUUCAGCUGGAUGGAGAAAUACUUUGAAGUUUACGGGAAGGUGGUGCAGUACGACGGCUACGAUCGGUUUGAGUUCCAACACAGCUACUCCAAGGUGUACACCCAGCGAGAGCCCUACCACCCUGAUGGAGUCUUCAUGUCGUUUGAGGGAUACAACGUGGAGGUCCGAGACCGCGUCAAGUGUAUAAGUGGAGUUGAAGGCGUACCUCUGUCCACUCAGUGGGGCCCUCAAGGCUACUUCUACGCCAUCCAGAUCGCUCAGUACGGCCUGAGCCAUUACAGCAAGAACCUGACCGAGCGACCUCCCCAUGUGGAGGUCUACGACACAGCCGAGGAGAGAGACAGCCGGGCCAGCUCAGCACCCUGGAGUGUGCCGAAAGGCUGUGGUCUGAGCCGCCUCCACGAGAAGAGCCGAGCUACCUCUGUGCAUCAGUUCAGUGCCCCAGAGGCAUCUGAAGGUGUAUCCCUCCAGCUGGGCAACUCCAAAGACUUCAUCCUCAGCUUGGACAUCAAGUUCAUCUCGAACGGCAGCGUGUCUGUGAUCCUGGAGACCACAGAGAAGGGACCUCCCUUCACCAUCCACUACGUCACCAACACGCAGCUCAUCGCCUUUAAAGACCGUGACAUCACUUACGGGAUCGGGCCAAGAAGCGCCUGGAGCACUCUGACCCGGGACCUGCUCACCGACCUCAGGAAGGGCGUCGGACUCUCCAACACUAAGGCCGUGAAGGCUACGAAGAUCAUGCCCAGAAGGGUCGUGCGUUUAGUCCUCCAUGGGCGUGGCUUUGUUGACAACGUCACGAUCUCCACCACAGCACACAUGGCCGCCUUCUUUGCCGCCAGCGAGUGGCUUCUGCGAAACCAGGAUGAGCGGGGUGGCUGGCCCAUUAUGGUCACCCGUAAACUGGGUGAAGGCUUUAGACCUCUGGAGCCCGGCUGGUACUCAGCCAUGGCUCAGGGCCAGGCCAUGUCCACACUGGUGAGAGCAUACCUCCUCACCAAGGACCAGGCUUACCUCAACGCUGCCCUCAAGGCAGUGGGACCCUACAAGGUGCCUUCAGCGCAGCACGGGGUCAAAGCCGUGUUCAUGAACAAAUACGACUGGUAUGAAGAGUAUCCCACCACGCCUAGCUCCUUUGUCCUCAACGGCUUCAUCUACUCCCUGCUGGGACUCUAUGAUUUGACUGAGACGGCAGGAGAGAAGCUGGGCAGGGAGGCGGGGCAGCUGUUCAGCCGUGGCGUUGAGUCUUUGAAGGCCAUGCUGCCGCUCUUUGACACGGGGUCGGGGAGCAUCUACGACCUGCGCCACUUCAUGCUGGGCACUGCGCCCAACCUGGCACGCUGGGACUAUCACACCACGCACAUUAACCAGCUGCAGCUCAUCGCAUCUAUAGACAACGCUGCCAUCUUUAAAGAUGUGGUUAAGCGCUGGAAAAACUACUUAAAAGGGAUGCGUGCCAAGCACAACUAAAAAACUGUUACCAGUGUAUGGUGAACAGCAGAGAUGGCGACUGACAGUUGAAUAUAUUAAUGUAUGAGAACAUAGAAGAUAAAUGAAUGUGUGGCGGUGCUCACUAUGUGUGUGUGCGUGUGCAUGUGAUUGUGCGUGCGUGCGUGGGUGCGUGCGUGUGUGUGCGUGUGUGUGUGUGCGUGUGUGUGUGUGCGUGCGUGUGCGUGUGUGUGUGUGUGCGCGCGCGUCCCAGUUUUGGAUGGGGUUCAUAAACUGAAAGAUGAGUUUAUCCAGCUGCAGCUCAACACUAAACGUUUCUCUCGUGUGCUCUGUUGCAGGUUUUAUCUUUUCUGCAACAUCGACUGUAGCUCUCCUCUCAGAUUUUAUUUCCUUGAGCUAGUGUUUGUAAUUAUGCACAGACCUAGUUUGUGUGUGUGUGUGUGUGCGCGUGUGCGUGUGUGUGUGUGUGUGUGCGUGUGCGUGUGUGUGUUGAGGAAGAGCACAUUGUGUGUGAGCGAGUGUUUAGAGUAACAAUAUAUGAUGCUAGAGGAAGAUGAAACUCCUUGAGUUGUUGAAACUGACACACAUUUCCAACAUUUGUUGAUGCAUCCACCACAGGCCUCUUCUCCAGGCGUAUUUUUAACCAUUUCAGACACAUUCGCAAAGUUUAUUGAUAUAAAAACACAGAUUAUAUCAAAAUAAAUAAUUUUGAAUAGAAUGUUGCCAAAAAAAAAUCUCAUUAUUCAAUAUGGAAAAACUAAGGUUUUAUUUUUUUCUUCUGAACCCUCUCCUAUCCUACAACCUCAGAGCUUGAAAUUUUAAAAUGUCAAUGGAUUUUUUUAGAAAGCAGUGAGGUCACUUCAUUUAGCUCUCACUCAUGUACUCUAUGCUUCCUGACUGGCAGCUUCCUGUUCUUCUUUUUUCAUUCUCUCCUAAAACACACAUUAACACUAACAUGUUACUUUGAAGGGGAUCAUGUUGUUUCUUCCGUAAGCUCAUUUCCUCAUUGAUUCUCAUUUCUCUUUGUUAUGUUCAUUCAGUCAGGGAUGAGGUGUUGCUGUCACGCUGCUUGAUCCAAACCAUCAAAUGUAACUUCCGAUGGUUUGACCGGCUCCACUUCCCGCAGUCCUCUUUGCUUCCUAUCCACAAUUCCUCUGCCCUGUUUCAUAAUGUAUCCUGAUUCACCACCAGUGCAGACACCCCUACGAUGCUCAUACCUCCUAUGUGAGCUUAAAGAUGACAAACUGUGCUACCACUCUCAGCUGCAACAGACCCCUUUAAAGUCUAUUAGUCGGUCACAAAAUUAAACAAUCAUUUCUGCGUCUUUGCAGAAAACAGUGACAGAGUUGUUUCUGCAUCUCUCUGAGUUGAGCUCAGUCAGGGAUGCUUUCUGUUGUCAGAUUCUGAAUCGUGAUGCUCCCAGAGUCUGUUCAGAUCCAGCGUUUCCACAGCUGAUCACAAAUCACAAAAAUGAGCCACGUGCUUCCCUGAACAUGUCACUGUUGCUCUGUUCUUGACCACACAAGAAACUGUUUGCAUGAAGAUUGAGUCAGCCUACCAAACAUUUUAACCUCUUAAGACUGCGUUCUCAUGAAGGGGCUAAUUCUCAAUGUUAAUCUGAGAAUAUCAAAAUGAUAGUAAUUUAUUUUAACCACUCUGUCUCAGGACUGAAGGUGUGAAUGAUUCAGUCUGGGCCUUCUCUGACACAUGACAAUGUGAAUAUGAAGAUUUUUGUGAGCUGCCGUAACACAAAAGAGUCAGAUCAGUCCAGAUCUAACUAUGUUUAAAGGCUCUUUAAGGAGUUUUUACUGGCUGUGAAACAGAUUGAAAUUAACUCUGAAGCCCCUCUAUGACCUACAAAAUCAAACAAGACCAUCAGUAGCUUUACUGACAAUUUCUAUGCUGUGAUUUUAAAUACCUGAAACUGCUGCAGGGGGGUAGGUUACAGAUCAGAGGAUUGACAGCAUGCUGGAGAAACAACCUUUCUUUGCAUUUUCUACAGCAUAAGUUCACAAUGAUUGACACAUACACUGUUUAAAGGAAACGGGAUGAUAUUUUUUGUCAGAAAAAAACAACCUCUGCAUGUAAAGGAUUACAUCAGCAGAGAUGAGGUGUAAAUGGAAAGUUGCUCACAGCAGCUUUAAGUUCCCUGCAUUCAGGAAACACACACAGAACAUACUGAAGUCAUGACUUUAAACUAUAGAGUUAAUUUCAGUUUAACUUUAUUUAAAUACCAAACUUUAGCUUCAGGUGACUCCCUGACUUGGCUGUCAUUGUUAAAGUAUUCAUGCCCCCUGGUUUGAAUAAUAGCAUCAUUAGUUGUAGCUUCAUUUAAUAGGCUUCCAUGCCCUAUUUGAGAUUUGUUGGAACUGUUUACUUGAAACUCCGCUGCACAGGUCUUCGUCUCUAACCCUGUACUUCUAGUUAAUAAUUGCAGGAUCAAGUGCAGGUUGUGUAGAUGUCAUUCAUUCGGGUAGAGCAUCUCACUAACAUGCCAAUUUAUAACAUUUAAAUAGACAAUGCGAGGAGUACUGAAGGUCAAGGGUGAAGUCUCUGCAAACACAAAGAGGCUGUCAGUCCCAGCAGACUCUCAUUGCUCCUUUCGGCUGCUGCGGGUGCAUGAACUCAGCGUUUUUAAUCUGAGUGCUGCCCUGUUGACCGCUGCGUGAGGAGAAAUGGCCUCGCAGAGACACUAACAAUUCACCCGGCUAAUAGGCCUGAGAGGCUGCACGCAGCACAGUCCCCCGGUCUGAGGAUGAGUCAGCAUCCACUGGCAUCGCACCCGCAAAGAAAACAAAGUGGAGGCCUCAGCAUUAAUGAGGCUCUCAUCGAUCUACCUUAAAGAUUAUUAAUGGGAAGCAGGAGACCCAGGCUGGUCCACUCUUCUGAAGGCGUUGAUGCUGGAUUUUCUUUGGCUAUUUUCAUAAAAGUUUGAAAACUUUCCCCCCUGCUGGCCUGCUUUUAAGUUGUUAUAGUGUCAGCUUAUUUUAAGACAGAUUCAAAGAAGCCUGUGAUACUUUUCAGGGGGUAGAAAAAAAAGCUUGCUACUCAGACAGCUACGUUGCUUUUGUGCAAACUUAGUGUUAAAUCCUCUAGAUGAUUCGUCCUGGCUGUUCAGCUUCCUCUGUAGCUCAGCUGCAUCCUUCAGAAGUGAGUGAGGAUUUAGAGCAGAGUAUUAGGGCCACUGUUAAGAAAAAAAAAACACUGAUUAUUGAGAAGAGAGGUUUUCAUAAUUUAAGAAAAAGUCAGGAUAUCGAGAGGAAAAUUUAGCUUUUUUGGCAAAGUAAAUACUAACUGUUCAAUCAAGUUUAAAAAUAAAAUGUAUAUUUAUCCGUGCAGCACAUCACAGCAUUUAAAGACUAAGUUUGUUUGCAAUGCCUGCCCUGUAGCUGGGCCUUAAGAUGCAUAAACCUUAACAACAAAUACACAAGAGACUAAAACAAAAUCAGCUAAACACGUACAAAGAGCACAAAACUCACAAACUAACUUCACAUAGAGCAACAGAAGAUAAAACAGUAAAAUACUUUAAAACAAGAAGCACCAGAUAAUUAAUGACAGUGUGACCGAACCCUCUCAAUGACUCAAUUAAGGAUCCAAUUUAACUUCUGCGUGAUGUUUACAGAUACAAAUAUUCCCAAGAAAUGCACAUUUAAUCCAAUCACGUGGUAUUUUUCUCAUCAUUCAUUUUCUCCUUGACAACCUUUCCCUCACUCAUGAUUCUCUUCCUUCAUCAUAAAGGUUUAUACUUCAGAUGGACAGAUUUAUACUGCAGCUCUGUUUUUAAAGAGACAAAUGUUACCCCAGAGAAAGCUAUGAGCGUUCUUCUUCCGUUGUGUUAAUCCAAGGUUUAUUUUUACGCUUGCUCAAUUAUGCUUUGCUCAUUUCCUGGUAGCAUUUUCUCCCCUGAAUACUUGCAAAACUCAUAUUUUGUCAUUUUCACCGGACACGUAGAAAUAUGUAGUUCAAAGGGAACAUUCAGGAAUUGAAGUUUUGAUUGUGAUUCUCCAUUUUGUUUAAACCAAAGUCAUCAAUUCAACCACAUUUGAAUUUGUAUAUUUUUGUGCAAACUGUUUUCCAUUGAGCAUUUAAUGAUGUUUGGUGUGGUGGAGAAGUCACAGAGACACUGCCUUUUGAGAAAUGUUAGUUUUUCAGACGUAGAUUGAGUAGAUGAUAGUAAAACUAAGAGAUGUAAAACUUGCUUUUGUUAAAGGGGAUGUGUGCAACUAGAGAUAAGCAUUUAGUCAGCUGCUGUUUUCAAGAGGCGGUAGCUGCAGAUUCUCCUUCACAGUUUCGCUCCUUCUUCUUGGACUUUGUUUUUCAUUCGUCUUUUGUUGAAGUAUUUUGCAGAGGAGUGAGAUAUUUUGCUAGAUAGGCGCAAAAGCACAACUGCCGUUUUCCAAUCACAUGAUUUGGUUUGCAUUUCUUUGGGUUGCUUGUUUGUUUUUGUUCAGGACAAUGUGCAACGCCUUCAUUCAGGAAGCUGCUAUUAUUGUUCACUGUGGCACAGGUAUGAGAUCUUCAGUUUCCUUGGUUAAACUGUGUUUUUUCCUCUUCUCUUAAAGACUUCAACAUUUGGCCACUGAGGUCAAAUGUGAUUUAUGCAAUAAAAUGUUUACUGGGGUUGUGACACCACAGGAGACCCAGAGCGGUUGUACAGACUUUUCAAUCCAAGCACAAUGUGCAAAUGCUACCAUUUUUUAGUCUAAGGAAGAGAGGUGUUUAUAUACAGAGUAAAUCUUUGUGCUUUAAAAAUGUGCUUUUUAAAGGUGUAAAAAAUAAAAGCAUUUUUCUUAAA